AUGAGUGAAGGUGGAAAGGAAGUAGAAAAGCAAGAACAAAAACAAGAACAAGAUCAAGAACAACAACAACUUGUUGCAAAAGAACUUAUUUUAAAAUUAAAUUUACCUUUAAUUUUACAACUUGAAGAAAAUGAAAUUAUUGUACCAUCACAUUAUGAAGAAAAUUUAACAGAUUUAAGACAAACUUUAACUCUUAUUCCAAAAACUAAAAAUUUAUCAAAUUACUCAAUUAUAAUAAAAGGAAUCGAUGUUGAACAAUUUGAAGAAUUAUAUACAUUUGGUCAAAUUAUUGAAGAAUUAAAAUUAGGUAAAGAUUUAAAAGAAUUAAAUAUUGAAAUUAAAGCAAAACCUUAUAAUUUAGCAGCAAUUUAUGAACAAAUUAUAAGAUUUAGAGAAGUAAUUGGUCUUUAUUAUAUUGAUAGAAUUUCAAAUGAUUUAGGAUCAUCCGGUGGUGUUUCAAAAUUUAAUAAAAUUAAAUUAGAUCAAAUUAAUGUAAAAAAAGAUAAAACUGAAGAAAAUGAAGAAUCUAAAAGAAUAGAGUCAUUAACAUCGGAGGAAAAUUCAGAAAUUUCAGAAAUCAUUGAAUCAUUGAUCAAGGUACAAUUAAAUGAAAGUUUUACAGAAGCAUCAAAAUUUGAUACUGUUAAUCAAAAUACAAUAACUCCAAUUAAAUCUUUGACUGUUUCUCAAUGGUCUCCGGUACCGCCAUUCCAAAGAAAUAAAGGUGAUCUUUUAUAUUUGGUUUUACAAACAUUGGAGAAUGAGACCUUCAACAUUACUUGUCAUUUUUCAGGAUUUUUUGUAAAUAAAUCAUCAACUAUUAAUUUCAAUCCGAAUAUUAAAGUUAAUGAAAAGGGUAAAUUUUUUAAAAAUUAUUUACUUCAUGAUUUAAUUUCAUCAUUAUCACCAGCUUUUGCUACCACAAUUCAAGACAAUGAAAUCAAAUUAUCUAAAUCAUCUGAACAUCCAGAAUCAUAUUUAUUGCCUCAUAAUUCGUUUUUAGCUUACCCAUGGCUUGUUAAUGAAUCAGAUUUGAAAAAUGUACCAGAUGCUUCUAGAUCACAAAUUCCUUUAAUUAGUAAUGGUGUUGAUGGAUCAGAUAUUAUUAAAGAAUGGAAUAACGAUAUUCAAACUAUGAAAGAAUUACCAAGCUCUACUUUUCAAGAACGUAUUAUUCGUGAUAAACUUGUACAAAAAAAUUUAUUUGAGUUUAACAAAGUUGCAACCGAAACUGCUAAAAAUAUUAUAAAAGGUAAUAUUACACCAAUGAAUCCUGGAGAAGAAGAAGAUAAAUAUAUUUAUUUAAAAAAUGGUAUAUUUUAUUCUGCUGGUACUGCAACCGUUGAUGUAUUUGAAACCACUGGUGGAGAAGAAGCUUCUAGGUAUGUUUCAUCAAAAGAUCUUUCAGGUAUUAAAAUCAUUAAUAGACAUGAAGUAAACGGUAUUUCAACUUUAGUUACUUGUAUUGUUGAUUAUAUGGGGAAAAGAGUUGUUUGUCAAGCUCCAGUACCAGGUAUUUUAGAUCCUCCAGCAAUUGAAGAUAAUACCGAAGAAGAAACACAAGAAAAAGUUGUAUAUGGAUUAUCAUCAGAUGGUUGCAAAAUUUUAGAAGAAAAAACUUUUGAAGAACCUUUAAAACAAAUUGGUGAAAUUUUCCAUUUAAAACCACAUAAAGUUAAAUUAACUGAAGAAGUCGAGUCAAAAUCUGAAUUAAUGGUUUCAAAAGACACUAAAGGUUUAAGAGGAACUGAUGGUAGAAAGUAUGUUAUUGAUUUGUACCGUACCACUCCACGUGAUAUUGAAUUCAUUGAAAGUAAUUUCAAUGGUAAAGAAGAUUCAUAUCCACAUGGUGAAGCAUUGAUUAGACACGAAGCAGUUAAUGAAUGGUGGAAACGUAAAAUUUCAGUAUUAUUUAAACAAGAAACUGAUAAAUUAGAAAAAGAAGGAAAAUUGGAAAACAAGGAAAAUAAAGAAAAACCUCAGAUUGCUUUACCAACUGAUCAAGUUGUUUUCAAUCCAGAUUCUUUCUCUUCUUCAUUUGAAUCUAAAGAAGAUCAAGAUGAAGUUAGAGAAAUUUCUAAAUUUAUCAAAGAAAAAUUAAUCGUUGAAUACUUGGAAGAAAUUAAACUUCAAUUGACACCGUUUGACGGAACACAAUUAAGUGAACAAUUACAUAGACAAGGUAUUAAUUUAAGAUACUUAGGUUACAUUGCUCAAGCUUUAUUAGACAAAAAGAAAGAAGUUCAAGAACAAAUUAAAAACACCAUAUCCGAAAAUGAAGAACAAGAACUCACCGCAAAAGCUAAACAAGAUGAGGAGGAAAGGUCCAAAAAAGAACAAGAAAAAUUAGAUGAAUCAAAGUCAGAAGAAGAAAACAGAAAAGACGAUUUAGAACCAAAAGAAGAAGAAGAAUCAGAACCAUCAAAAGCUACUUAUGAUCUUGCAAUUGCAAAUUAUACUACUUUAUACAGACUUGUCAUCCAAGAAAUGGUUGCAAGAGCAUCAAAACAUAUUUUAAGAAAAUUAUUAAAAUCAUUACCAACUUAUCUUUCAACUUCAGCUGUUGUUCAUUUCCAUAAUUGUUUAUUUGGUGGUGAUAUAAAUCAAACUCCAAUAGCUGAAAUUGAUGAAUUAUAUCAAACUUUUUACCCAGUCGAUGACUUCAAAUAUACAGAACUUAAUCAUAAAUCAGUUAUUGAAUUAAUCAAAAAUGAAGUUUAUUCAAGAUUUAGAUAUGAAUUACCAGAAAAUUGGUUAAAUGAGAUAAUUAGAUUACCACAAUUAUUGAGAGAAAUCGCUUUACAAUUUGGUAUUCAAUGGAAAUCAAAUGAUUAUUCAUUUACCAAAUCGGAAUUCGACUCCAAAAGCAAUGAAAUUGAAAAAGAUAUUAUUGAAUCCAAAUCAUCCAAAAAAGGUAAGAAAAAAACUCAACAAAUUGUUUCAAAAUCAUUCAAACGUGAUUCAGUAUUUGUAGUAGAUGAUUUAGUAGAUUUCAUACCAAAAAUUAAAGAUUCUUCAUAUAAAUCAACAAUGAUUGAUGAAAUUUUUGCAAAUGCAAGAUCUCAAUUAAUUGCAGGUAAUAAAGAAAUUGGUAUGACAAUGUUUGCAGAAUUAACAGCAAUUCAAGAAUCCAUAUAUGGGAAAGUUAAUCCAGAAACUGCUACAUUUUAUAAUUUAAUUGCUCAAGUUUAUCAAGAAUUAGGAUUUGAUUAUGAAGCAGCUUUAUUAGGUCGUAAAGCUAUUAUACUUUGUGAAAGAUCUUGUGGGUUUGAUAGUCAUGAAACUAUUACUGCUUAUAUGAAUCUGGCUUAUUAUGAAUCUAGUAAUGACCAAUUUUUAAAUUCUUUAAAAUUAUACAAUCAAGCAGUACAAACUUGGACUUUAACUUACGGUAAAGAUCAUCCAGCUAUUAUUAAUACAUUACUCAACUCAUCAGAUUCAUUGUUGAAAAUUAAAAACUUUGAUGGUGCAGUUCAAUUAUUAUCAAAAGCUUUAAAUUAUAGUGAAAAAUUAAAUGGUAAAGAAACUGAAAUUUCUGGUUUGAUUCAAUACAGAAUUGCAAAUGCUUUUAUUUCACAAAAUAAAAUUGAACAAUCAAAACCAUAUUUUGAAGCAGCUCAUGAUAUUUUCCAAAAAUUAGUUGGACCAAACGACUCAAUGACUAAACAAAUAAGUAAAUAUGUAGCAAAUGUUUCAUUAUAUAUUGAAUAUGCAAAAGCUAAAGAUAAAGAAAAGAAAAAAGCUUUACAACAAAAAGCUGCCAUUACAAAUCAAAACAAAAUUAAAGUAUCAAAUGGUAAUGGACAUAAUCAUCAACACCCACCACAAAAUGGACAAACAAAAAAUUCUAAAAAGGAUAAAUCAAUUUUUCAAUCCGUACCAGAAAUUGCUAGUCAAUCAGUUGAUGAAAUUUUAAAUUUUAUUGAAGGUAAAACUAGAUCCACUAAAAAUAAGAAAAAGUAA